AUAAAAUCCUGGCUCAAUUUAGCAAUAUUUGUAUCUGCGUGUGGGAACGUUCGGGCUAACUUUGUUCUCACAAAGCCUACAAGCCCCCAAAUCACGAGGGGAAAACCAUCCCCCUCCCCCCACUCUCUCACCAUGUCCGUGGCACUCUCGUGGGCACAGUGUGAGGGCAACCCUCUCGUCAGCUACCAUGGGGCAGUGAGACAGAACCUUCUGUACCCUAGAGGCGAAAUUGCAAUUGGAGCUCAUGGCUCGAGAGAACUGGCUGGGCGCCAUCUUGACAAACCUGACUGCUAUUUUUGGGAUCAUUGUCAGGUGUGCAAUUGGGCUUGUGCAAAUAGCUUGGGGCAGUACGCCAGCAUGUUUCGUCAUUACCUUGUCAACGGCCGAAGGUUGCUCACCAUAGAUGCCCUUCAGCUUCAGAGACUCGGGGUCAGUAACGCGAGAGAUGCGCUCUUAAUCGAGGAGAAAAUCAGAUUCCUUAGACACAAAGCUGGUCAGGAGCAGGAAGACCUCAGAUACAUCCCCUACUUCCACUUCCAGGCCCUCAACAGUGGUCAAUGUCUGUCCAGGCGGGUCCAGCGAGAACUACCCCAGUUUACAGACCCAUGGGUCAACCAGACGUACAAAUACCUCAACAUGGGCGCCCAAUGGGGCGAGGAUCCGGCCGACCCGGGCUACUACAGUAAUUCGAGAUGUUGAGGCUCUUGACAGAAACAGUACAGCCGCGGAAGACUGAACUAAGUAACUAAGUCAUGUCAUGUUUAUGAUUUAAAGUGUAGGUACACGGGCAACUCACUGUCAUUCGAUCUACAUGUAUGUAGGCUUAGUAAACAUACAGCGCUGAAAUAAUUUGGAUAGUGAACGUGUUAAAGACACUUGAUAGCUUGACAUAACGUUUAGCGUAGAAUCUAACUUCUAAAAUAAGAAAAUACCCUAUAGGUAGAUUUGCAGUGAAGUCCUGGUAUUUCUGUAUUUUUAAUAUAUACUUUUCGCAGAAAUUUUGAGAUACUGAUAAAUUUCCUCUCUUCAAAGGAAAAAAAGGACGACAAAAAUAAUGAAGAUUGAACUGAAAGAGAGCGCCCAGAAAACUUCAGACAGUCGUUCACGAAGUCUUCUUACUUCCUACCUUCCUUUGCAAAAAGAUAAUAAUUAAUAUUUCAGUAGGUUUUCAGUUAUAUGAUGCAUGUGUUUUAAUGCGUGCCAAGCAUCUUUAUCCAUGUCAGACACGGAAGCGAGAAAAGGAGCCAUCUGUUUCUUCGGACGAACAGAAUCUGAAAGCCUUUAUAGAGCUUUUUAAGGCCUUAUUUCCACUGAAAAAUUGCUUAUGCUUUCAAAUGUAAAAAUGACCUUCAUUUGGCUUUUCGUAUCCAGCUUGCAGGCACAUGUUAAUGAAUGCAAUAGAAUUGUAUAUUUGUUGUGUUUUUUUUUAAAGAAACAUCUACUUAAUGAAACUUGUUCAUGAAGCAAUAAAGAUGGCAAAAACAAUACAGCAAA